ACUGGGCUCAACCCACGGCAUCUCCAGGCCCAGAGGCUCCUGCUUUCGGGGGAUUUUGAGCAAAACCCAGCUGUUUUGGUAAUCCAGCUGCUGGGGUUUCAGUGCUGAAAUCUCCCAUCCACUGCACAGCCAGGGGCCCCAGAGCUCCUCCUGCCCAUCCCUCCUUGCCUGGGGAGUCUGAAGGAGCUCCUGCUGCUCUGCCAGUGCUGCACCACGGCCUGGCCCUCGUGGGAGAACAGGGGGCCGUCGCCAUGUCGGUGUCGCACAGCUCCAGGCUGAACAAGCUGGUGCGGGAGCAGUACAUGAGGCUGCCCCAGGAUGGCAGGGUUCAGGUCACCUACGUCUGGAUCGACGGCAGCGGCGAGGGAGUGCGCUGCAAGAGCAGGACCCUCGAUAAGGAGCCCAAGAGCAUCGAAGAUGUUCCCGAGUGGAAUUUCGAUGGCUCCAGCACGGCACAGGCAGAGGGCUCCAACAGUGACAUGUUCCUGGUGCCGGUCUGCAUGUUCAGGGAUCCUUUUUGCCUGGACCCCAACAAGUUAGUGCUCUGCGAAGUGCUGAAGUACAACAGGAAACCCGCAGAGACCAACCUGAGACACACGUGCAAGAAAGUCAUGGACCUGGUGAAGGACAGCCACCCCUGGUUCGGGAUGGAGCAGGAGUACACACUGCUGGGCAUCAAUGGCCACCCCUAUGGCUGGCCUGACAACGGCUUUCCUGGCCCGCAGGGCCCCUAUUACUGCGGGGUUGGAGCAGAUAAGGUGUACGGGCGUGACAUCGUGGAGUCUCACUACAAGGCUUGUCUCUAUGCGGGGGUGAAGAUCUGUGGCACCAAUGCCGAGGUGAUGCCCUCCCAGUGGGAAUUCCAGGUGGGCCCAUGUGAGGGCAUUGAGAUGGGAGAUCACCUCUGGAUGGCUCGGUUCAUCCUCCACCGUGUCUGCGAGGACUUCGGGGUUGUGGCCACUCUGGACCCCAAACCGAUGACCGGCAACUGGAACGGUGCCGGGUGUCACACCAACUACAGCACCGAGGAGAUGCGGAGAGAGGGGGGUCUCAAGCACAUCGAGGCUGCCAUCGAGAAGCUGAGCAAGCGGCACGAUUACCACAUCUGCGUGUACGACCCUCGGGGUGGCAGGGACAACUCCCGGCGCCUCACCGGCCACCACGAGACCUCCAACAUCUUCGAGUUCUCGGCCGGCGUGGCCAACCGAGGCGCCAGCAUCCGCAUCCCGCGCCAGGUGGGCCAGGAUGGCUACGGCUACUUCGAGGACCGGCGGCCCGCGGCCAACUGCGACCCCUACGCUGUCACCGAGGCCAUCAUGAGGACAACGGUGCUCAACGAGACCGGCGUGGAGACCAAGGACUACGCUGAGCACUGAGGCCGCGGGGUGGGUGGAGGUUCUCGUGCCUGCAGUAGCUUCUCACGUGGGAUUUGUGCCUGUGCCGUGUCCUCGGCUGCGAGCUCAGACUCUUUAGGAACCUCGCUUCUGGUCUUGUGAAACGUCGCCUUAGAAAUAAUGUAUUUUAUAGCAAGAGGGAGGGGCCCAACCUAUUUUCUCAACCACUGUUUUUUUUCUGGUUCCUGGUUUUAGGUCGUGAGGUUUUUUGGUUUUUUUUUGUUUUUUUUUAAAAAAAAAAACUUGGAUUGAGUUUUUUUUUCCCCAAUGGACUUUGCACUGUGAUGUACAUAGAUCCCAACGUGGAUGCUGCAGCUGCUGCUGUUUGCACCUGUGGAGGGUGGGUGCCUUUUUUCCCAUAUCUCUGUUGCAAGGAAAUUAUAAUAAAUAAUUUUCCUGGCUGCAUGGCAGCUGGGUUAUGCUGUG